CUUCCGCCUCUGAGACCGAGAGCCGCGAGCCCACGCAGCUUCAUCGCAGUGACGCCAUUCGCCGGCGACUGCACGGAUUUGGAGGGUUCCGUGAAGCGGUUCCUCUGCGGCGUGGAAUUCUAGAGCCGCUACCUCUCGUCUGUGGCCUCUGACCUGGGAGCAGCGCGGAAAGCGGCAAGAUGACGGACCGCUACACCAUUCACAGCCAGCUGGAGCACCUGCAGUCCAAGUACAUCGGCACAGGCCACGCCGACACCACCAAGUGGGAGUGGCUGGUGAACCAGCACCGCGACUCUUACUGCUCCUACAUGGGCCACUUCGACCUUCUCAACUACUUCGCCAUUGCAGAGAAUGAGAGCAAAGCGCGAGUCCGCUUCAACUUGAUGGAGAAGAUGCUGCAGCCCUGUGGACCGCCAGCCGACAAGCCCGAGGAGAACUGAGACGCUCCCACCCCAUGUCACCUCUGUAAGUGCUUACCCGGGGCCUCUUGCCUGACCUGCCUUCUUGUGGACCCUUCGGAACACAGCGUUGGGAAACCCUCAGGAUCCCUGAGAACUGUGACCCUGGAGAUCCUACAGCUAGCGAAGGCUAGGGGAGUCGGCCUUGGAGUGAGACGGAAUUUUGGAGGGUCGUUUUUGGCUAAUUGUCAUUGUUGCUUUCUCCAUAAAGUUUAGAAAUUUUUCAUUC